AUGUCAUCAAAAGGAGAAACAGAGGCCGAUUCCGGCACCGUGUCGCCGAAUUUACCCAUAGUAAAAAAUGAACCGGUGGCCACCAACAGCAACAGUAAAGAGACUCCAAAAAGAGGUAGUACAUUGUUAAAAUGUACAACAUGCAACAGUUUUAGUACAUUAAGUAGUCGGGCUCUAACCACACACAUGGCUCAAUGUUCCCCAGACAACAAUAAUGUGGCAGCGGCACAAAAUGCCGAUCCUCGGCCUCACAGGAAACUCUUCGAAUGUGAUGUGUGCAAUAUGAAAUUUUCAAAUGGCGCGAAUAUGCGUCGACAUAAAAUGCGACACACAGGGGUCAAACCAUAUGAGUGUCGUGUUUGCCAGAAAAGAUUUUUUAGGAAAGAUCAUUUGGCGGAACAUUUCACGACCCACACUAAGAGCUUGCCGUAUCAUUGCCCAAUAUGCAACCGAGGAUUUCAGCGACAAAUUGCCAUGCGUGCACACUUCCAGAAUGAACACGUUGGACAGCAUGACCUUGUGAAAACUUGCCCAUUAUGUAGUUACCGUGCACCUACUAUGAAAAGUCUCAGGGUUCACUUCUUUAACAGACAUGGAAUAGACUUGGAUAAUCCUGGCCCUGGCAGCAACUCUUCAGUGUCUCUUCUUGCUGCUGGUAUAGCUAAUGCUGCUUACGCCGAUGGAACAAUGGAUCCUAGCGCUAUAAACGCCCUAGGGGCUUUGGGGUCCAGUCUAUCGGUAUCCGUCGCCGCCACAUACUCCGACAGCGGUGACAGCAAUGGAGCCCGUUCUGUCGAUAAUGCCACUCCACCCAUGCAUUACCUGACACCACAUGUUGAGAUUUCCAUGGCUGAUAAUAAUGAAACAUUUUCACCUGGACAAAAUCAUUUAGGUAAUUCUGAUUCGCGCAUGAAUGGUGAAGGCCCAAGUUCACCUCAAUCUGGUGACAGCGCAAUCGCCAGCAGCUCCUUAUCAGCUGGAAUGCCCACCAAUAUCACUCCGUCCAUCACACUUAUACCUAUUAAACAGGAACCCAAUGCUCAAGAAGAAUCUGGCAACAAUGAUAUACGGGAAGGCGAAACUAACGGGGAUAAACGCGGCGUCUCAUCGAGUUUAUCGUCUCUGAUCAAGGUAUCGCCACUGAAGAGUUUACUCAGAGAGGACCUGCGCCGGCGCAUCUCUGCUCGUGGUCGCGCCCGUGGCUCUAGUGCCGCCCGCGUGUCUCCGUCCGAGGGCGGCGUGAUCACGUCGACGCACGGCGACACGGCCAUGUUGCCCUCAUCGCUCGUAUGUACAUUUUGCUCUAUAACGUUCCCCGACUCCACAUUAUACUUUCUGCACAAAGGGUGCCACUGCGACUCGAACCCGUGGAAGUGCAACAUCUGCGGCGAGCAGUGCUGCAACGUCUACGAGUUCAACUCCCACCUGCUGAGCAAGAGCCAUCAAUGA